AUGAAGAGAUUUGAUUUGUUUUAUGAAUUCACUAAUCAAUAAUUAGGAUCAGGUGUAUUUGGUUAAGUUUAUUUAGCCAAAAAGAAAACUACUCAAGAAUAAGUGGCUGUCAAAGUAUCAAAUUAUUUUCUAAUGGUAGAUUUUACCGAAAAACAAUUAAUUGACUUUAAGUGAAAUUGAAAUCUUAAAUGAAUUAGUAAAACAUUCACAUCCUUCUAUUGUCAGAAUAAUUGAUGUCUAUGAUUAGGGAACAUAAGUAUAUGUUGUUCAAGAAUUCUGCAAUAAUGGCACUUUAUUUGAAUUUAUGAAAAAGAAAUCAUAAUAGAUGGUAGAGGAACAUUGUAUUGAAAUCUUAGAAUAAGUUGCCUAAGGCUUAGAUUAUUUACAUAAAAUAAAUAUUGUUCAUAGAGAUAUUAAACCAGAAAAUAUUUUACGUACUACAUAUAAUGGAUAAAUUUAUUAUAAGAUCUCAGAUUUCGGAUUAAGUAGUCUAGGAGAUAUUAAACUUACUUCUAAAUUUGGAACAGCAUAUUAUGUAGCACCUGAAAUAAUUGAUGGUCGUGCAGAAUUAUAUGGUUAUGAUAAAUCAGUUGAUAUAUGGGCUUUAGGUUUAAUGUUUGAUGAAUUAUUGCAUGGCACACCAUUUUUUGAUGGACAUACAGAAGAUGAAGUCUUUAUUAAAAUUAGAAAUGAACCAUACUAUCCAAGAAAACAUGAAUAUUCAGGUACUCGUUUACCACCCAAAAAAAAAAUUAUUUCUAAUAUUCUUAUGGGAAUGAUUAAUAAAGAACCUAAUCAAAGGAAAUAAUUACCUUUAUUACUUGAUUUAAUUAGAUAAUACAAAUAAAUUAGCACCAAUAAUUCUCUCUCUCUUUUAAAUUAAUAACCAUUCUCUUAACCCAUCUCACCACUUCUAAUUAAUGACUUAGAUAUCAUACUAGAAAAAUAAUCCAUUUAUUAAUUAAAAUGUCAUUUACAUAAUCAACCAGCCAUUUAUAGGAUGCCUGUUAAGGAUUAGGGUAAAGAUAUUUCCAAAAUUAUCUCAGCUUGUUCUAAAUGUUUAAGAAGUAUUGGUGUUUAUGAAUUAGAUACUUUACAAAAAAAAGUAGAUGAAGCUUUAAGAAUUCUUAUUAUGGAUAACUUUGAUCAAUUCUUUACUUAAAAUUCAAUCAUAUAAGAAUUAAAAGAUAUGAGAACUGACUAUUUCCUAAAUUAUUCCUAUUUUUCAAUUAGGGAUGAUUAGUUAUAAUCCAAAUUUGAUCUCAUUCUUUUAGAUCAACAAAAAAAGGCUAAAAUUGAAUAUACAACCAAAAUUAAAUAAUUAGUUAAUUUUAGAGAUAAAAAUUAUACUUCUGAUGAAUAAUGGCUAAUCUAUAUUGCAGAGAAACUUACAGAUUCAACAGAAAAUGAAUUUAUACUUUAUAUUAAAGAAGAUCUGGCUCAGUUUUGUGAACAUGGAGUUGAUGAUUGUCGAUAAUUAAUCUUUAAUCAUUUAAAAGAAGCUUCAGAUUAAAUAAGUUCUUUAUUUUGA